AUGGCCGGACAGGUCUUCGCACUUCUCGUCGGAAUCGACAAGUAUCAGUCUAGUACAACCUGGAAUCUCAAUGCCGCCGUCGACGACGCUCGUAGCGUUCAGAACUGGCUCAUCAAUGAUCUCCAGGUUCCUCGGAGUAACAUCUGCACUCUCCUCGACGGCCACGCGACCAAGCACAACAUCGAGGAGAAGUUCACGAGCCAUCUCGUCAACAACGCUGCCAUCGAACCCGGCGACGCCAUCAUCUUCUACUUCGCAGGGCAUGGCAGCAGCAUCCGUGCGCCAGCGGGCUGGUUUGACCGUGGUCGCGGUGACGUUCCUGUCCUCUGCACACAUGACUACGACACCAAGCUUCCGAAGGGGCACGCCAAUGCUGGGAUAUCCGACCGCUCCCUACACGCCAUGCUCCAUGACCUCUCGCGCGUGAAGGGCGACAACAUCACACUCAUCUUGGACACGUGCUUCUGUCUUCCUCCGACCGACGGCCAGGAGCCGAAGGAGCGCCACUACACCCGCUACACCCCUGCGUGUCGGGCAACCUCUGAGGACUUGCUGGCGGGUCUCUGGCCCAGUGCAUCGCCGCAAAAGGCUGAACCCAUGAAGAACCGAGGAUUCACCGGCAUUACCUCUGACUCGCAUGUCGUGCUGGCCGCGAGCAGCACGGGCUGGGCUGCGACGGAGCGCAAAGACGGCGGGAACCUCACACGCGCCCUACUCUCCCUCAAAGACGCCCGGCCCAUCCACAAAUUCACCUAUUCCGACCUCCCCUCCGAGCUCGCGCCCUACAUGGGCGACCACCAAUACGCCGCAGUCGCCGGAGACAACGUCGAUCGGGUGCUCUUCGACGGCGUGCCCUUCGCCCGCGACACGCGCUUCGUCGCCGCUACCCCGCACGACCACGAGCGCAUGCAAGUCGACGCCGGGGAGAUCCAAGGCAUCUCCGAGGGCACCGAGCUCGGCCUCUAUCCCCACAAUUGCCGCGGCUCCCUGAACACGCCGUUGGGGACGUACCUCGUCACCGAGGUGUACCCCACGUGGUGCCUCGCGAAGCCCAAGUCCCCGGCAAAGCACCCGCUGCGCGAGGGCUGGGCCCGUGUCGCGCGCUGGAACGCCCCCACCCCUCCCCUCGCGCGCCGCGCCGCGGACAAGCUGCGACCGAGCGUCCUGCGCGUGCGCGACACCGCCGACGCCGACGCGUCCGUGUCGCUCGGCUGCCACGAGCUCACCGUGCAGCGCCGCGACGCGCUCGUCUCGACGCACUGCCGCGGGACGCUGCACCUACCGAGCGCGGGGACCCGCAGCGACCUCAAGACCGUCGAGGCCGCCGCGCGCUUCCACAUGCACCUCUACCGACGGCACCCCGCCCGGCCCUUCAAGGACGCGGUGGGCAUGGAGCUCUACCGGCUCGACCCGGCGACGUGGACGCGCGCGAGCGCGAACCUGCUCGUCAAGGGCCGCGCCCGCAUCGUCGAGUCCGCUGCGUCCACGCCCGGGUCUGGGUCUGGGGUGGCGGCGGGCGAGAAGGGCGGGGAGCCCGCCGGGAGCGCGAUCUACGCCGUCGUGCUCCGCAACGACUCCGACGCGGACCUCUGGCCGUACCUCGCCUACAUGGACGCCGGCGGGUACAGCAUCGCGCUCGUGUACCACCCCGACCCCGGGGGCGCGCCGCCGCUCCGCGCGCACUCCCGCAUGGUCAUCGGCUCGGGCGCGACGGAGUCCGAGGCGCUGUCGUUCGCGCUCGCGGACGGGGCGGACAGCGGCGCGGGGUUCCUGAAGCUGUUCCUUUCCACGACGUACACUCCGAUGACGGUGCUCGAGCAAGGCACCGCGACGGGCUCGGGGCCGGUCGAGUCGCUGUACGGGCCUGGCAGCAAGUCUAGGACUAUGAAGAUUGUGCCGGACAGUACCAAGUGGGACUCGGUUCUGGCGUCGAUCACGGUAGUCAGGACAUCGACUUGA